AUGGCAGCGGAGGAGAAGCCAGGCGUGAAGAGCAGCAGCUCCAUCGUUCCCUGUUUCCUGUUUGUGGAGCUGGUGAUCAUGGCUGGGACAGUUCUGCUGGCGUACUACUUCGAGUACACGGACACCUUCCCCGUUCACAUCCAGGGCUUCUUCUGCUACGACAAGACCUUCUCUAAGCCCUACCCCGGGCCGGACAACACCAGCAAGAUCCCCCCCGUCCUCAUCUACUCGCUCGUCACCGCCAUCCCCACCUUCACGAUUCUGGUCGGGGAGCUGUGUGGAUUCUUCACCAAGGCGGAGGGGACGCAGGAAAAGACCAUUGUCACUGCAGACUGCUGUUACUUCAACCCCCUGCUGAGGCGCAUCAUACGCUUCCUGGGUGUCUACGCCUUUGGCCUCUUCACCACCACCAUCUUCGCCAACGCAGGCCAGGUAGUGACGGGAAACCAGACGCCUCACUUCUUGUCUGCCUGCAGGCCCAACUAUACAGCGCUAGGCUGCCAGUCGAAUAUGCAGUACAUCACAGAGCGCCGGGCCUGCACAGGAAACCCCCUGGUCAUCAUAUCCGCACGCAAAUCCUUCCCCUCCAAGGACGCCGCCCUCAGCGUCUACUCAGCAGUGUACACGGUGAUGUACGUGACACUGGUGUUCAAGACCAAGGGUACGCGGCUGACCAAGCCCACGGUCAGCCUGACCCUGCUGUGUCUGGCCAUGCUCGUGGGCGUGGUCAGGGUGGCCGAGUACCGCAACCACUGGUCGGACGUCCUGGCGGGCUUCUUCACGGGGGGAGCCAUCGCUGUGUUUCUGGUGACCUGCGUGAUCAACAACUUCCAGCAGAUGCAGCCUCCCUCUCCUCCGCCGCAGCCACAGCGCCCUGAGUCUGUGCUGGGCAUGCCCAUGGUGACAUUGCCCUGCGUGGAGAGUCCACUUGAAAAACUCCGCGGGGGUCUCCGUUCACCGAGAUCACAUGACCAUCAGCCCUAUCGGUUCCCCGCCACCCCCGAUGUCCUCAUACCGUCUCGCUCCAUUUCCAGCGAAGUCUAG